CUUUCUUUCUUUCUUUCUUUCUUUCUUUCUUUCUUUCUUUCUUUCUUUCUUUCUUUCUUUCUUCUUUGCAGGACCCAGCCGGUCAGUCAAGAAAGACAGAAAGCAGAUGUAAGAGACAGGGAUGGGAGGACUGCAGGUCAGUACCAUGCCAGCAGCACGUGUACUGUCUCAGUGUCUUCCUAAGGCAAGCAACACAAAGCAGGGCCAACUCCAGGAAGAUGAACAAUGACCACAAAUGCUUACAUGGCAAGUUUACGUACACAGUGCCUAUGUUUGACUAAGGCCGUUUCCUCCAGGCCAGGCCAGUCUCUCAAGGACAUAUGUGUAAGUGGAGCAACUCAGCCAGUUACAAUGCAUGCAAGUCUUAACUAAAAACAAAGGCAGAUGUUGGCAGACUCAUUCCUGAUUAAUCACAAGAAAGAAGUCAGCCAGAGUUAACUCCAGAUGUGUUCCCCACAUUUUCUUCCUUCCUUCCUUUCUUUCUCUUUCUUUCUUUCUCUUUCCUUUCCUUUUUCUUUUUUUUCUUUCUUUCUUUCUUUUUUUUUUUGAUAAGAACUCAAUUAUGUACCCCAGAAUGGCUUUGAAUUUCCCGUCCUCCUGCCUCAGCCUUUGAAGUGCUGUGUGGAGACUUCACACAGGCUGGUGACACCAGGCCUGAGUCCAAACUUACUUACAUUCUAAUUAAAAGGACACUGGUGGUGGUGAGCUGGUCUCCCUGCCCAGCUCACAAAGCUUCCACCUGCUACUGGGAGCAGGGCAGUAAGUGGUUAUGGAAGGGUCCUUCAAGCUGAGUCAUGGGCAGGCACCCCUCCAGAGGGAAGUAGACACAAGAUCCCCUGCUCUGUGCACCAAAGACAUCACAAUGGCUGUGGCAGCUGUAAGAGACCUUUCUCCUCAGUGGGGCCUCUUCAAGGGAACUUCUGGAACCAGGGGCCUGUCCACUCAGAACCUGGAACCCGUUGAGUCUGCUCAAGGAGUGAUUCUGAAACAAAGGACUCUCAUGGCACAAAAAGAGAACCAGAACCAUGACUUUCAGCAGCGUAGGGAGCUACCACCUCCUUAUUACCCUCCAAGAGGACCAAGAUCUAGAGUAUACCCCAUGUACACCCAUGUCCCACCAACAGUCCAAGCAGGCCUGUUCACUAGCAGGCCUCGUGUGGCAACCUCCAUGCCGGUGCAGAUCAUAUGUCCCUACUGUGGGAACUUUAUCACGACAGUGGCAAACCCUAUCCCGGGCCUCCUCACCUGGCUGCUGUGUAGUGGCCUCUUUGUGUUUGGGUGCUUCCUGGGCUGCUGCCUCCUCCCCUUCUGCAUGCAGAGCCUCAUGGAUGUGGUCCACUCCUGCCCCAUGUGCCGCCAGGAGCUCUUCUACUACCGUCGCCUGGGAUUUGAUCUAUAAACUGCAAUAAAGCCA